AUGGGCGCUUCUCCGAAACCUCUCGAGGAUCCCACAAUUGAUAAAACGACAGAGUCUGGUGGAGACAUCUUAGGUGAAAUGAGCGCCAGAGAACAGAAUCUCAUCGACCAUGGCAUGAAGAAAUUCUCUCGUCUGGGAUGGAAGCGACUUGCAGUUGUUCUCAUCGUUGAGGCUAUCGCUUUGGGCAGUUUAUCUAUUCCGUCGACUUUUGCAACCCUCGGUUUGGUGGCUGGCGUGAUAUGUACAGUGGGAUUCGGUCUUAUUGCUAUCUACACCAGUUACGUGAUCGGACAGGUCAAAGUCUCUUUUCCAGAGGUGUCUAAUUAUGCCGACGCUGGUCGGUUGAUGGGGGGUCGCGUUGGUUAUGAAAUUGUUAGCGCGAUGUUGUUCCUUCUGCUUACUUUUCUUACUGCAUCCCACUGUCUGACCGGGACAAUCGCUUUCCAAGUAAUCACAGAGAGCAAAAUCUGCGGCGUGAUAUUUGGUUUGGUCUCCGGUAUUAUUCUAUUGGCCUUGGCCGUUCCACCCAGCUUCACCGAAAUGGCGAUCCUUGGUUAUAUCGAUUUUGCUUCCAUUGUCUUGGCUAUCGGCAUCACGAUCGUGGCCGCUGGCGUGGAAACAAAAGGAGGAGCGAAUGUUGCUUGGUCAGCGUGGCCGCCAGAAGGCACAACAUUUACUGAUGCCUUCAUUGCUGUUACCAAUAUCAUUUUCGCCUACAGCUUCGCUCUUUGUCAAUUCUCCUUCAUGGACGAGAUGCAUACUCCAACGGAUUAUGUCAAGUCUAUCUGGGUUUUGGGAAUCACAGAAAUUUUUAUCUACACGAUCACGGGAGCCUUAGUAUACGUGUUCAUUGGCCCUAGUGUUGAAAGUCCGGCUAUCCUAUCCAUCGAUACCACUGUCAGCCGGGUCGCGUUUGGCGUCGCCCUCCCCGUUAUUUUCAUCAGUGGGUCCAUCAAUACCGUUGUUGCUGGGCGAUUGGUUCAUGGAAGAAUCUUCAAGAACUCGACUAUUCGUUAUAUUAAUAGCGCAGCAGGAUGGAUAACUUGGCUAGCAGUUAUCACUGCAGUCACUAUCCUGGCGUUUGUGAUUGCAGAGGUUAUUCCCUUCUUCUCGGACCUUUUGUCUAUUAUUUCUGCGCUUUUUGUCUCUGGAUUCACUUUCUACUUCCCUGCACUGAUGUGGUUCCUCUUGGUCCGAAAGGGUGACUGGAAGUCUCCGCGGAAUUUGGCCCUCGGCGCUGUCAACUUUGCUAUUUUGAUCAUUGGCCUGGUUAUUUUGGUUGCUGGUACUUACGCCAGUGUUCAAGAUAUUGUGAGUCCUUGUUCUCGUUUGAGCCAUACGAUACUGGCUUGCUACUCUGAGAAAUACUAA